UGUCAUCGGUUUAAAAUUUUCAUCAUAAGCAACAAAAAAUAGUGGCAAUAAAAAAUAUUUCGGUAUAAGGAAUUUAUUGAUUGAUUCUCAUCUCUGUAUAAAAGGGAUUUAUUUCAGUAUUUUCUAAUUAAUUUAUCAUCAAAGCAACAAAUCUCUUAACAAUAUUUAUUCGGAAUUUAGACUAUUUUGUUAGGUCAUUAAACUUGAUAAGCAGAAUCAACAGAUAAUGCCAGUGAUGUAGCAGAAUGGGCUGCAAAAUAUGUGACAAAAACAAUAAACGACUUUCAACCUGGACCCAACAAAUAUUUUGUUUUGGGACUUCCAACAGGAAGCACGCCCUAUGGAAUGUAUCAAAAAUUAAUUGAAUAUCAGAAAGCUGGAAAAAUAUCUUUUAAGUAUGUGAAAACCUUUAAUAUGGAUGAGUAUGUAAAUCUCCCAAGGGAUCAUCCAGAAAGUUAUCAUUAUUAUAUGUGGAAUACGUUUUUUAAGCAUAUUGACAUUGACCCCAAAAAUGCCCACAUUUUGGAUGGUAAUGCUCCAGACUUAGUUAAAGAAUGUUUAAACUAUGAAAAUAAAAUUAAGGAAGCUGGAGGCAUUGAUUUGUUUAUUGGAGGAAUCGGACCUGAUGGCCAUAUUGCCUUUAAUGAGCCAGGGUCAUCUCUGACAUCUAGGACAAGAGUUAAAACUCUAGCGCAGGAUACUUUAGAAGCAAAUGCAAGAUUCUUUGGAAAUGAUGUUAGUAAAGUGCCCAAACAAGCUCUUACAGUUGGUGUGGGCACUGUCAUGGAUGCCAAAGAGGUCAUGAUUUUAAUAAAUGGGUCUCACAAGGCAUUUGCCCUCUACAAAGCAAUUGAAGAAGGUGUGAAUCAUAUGUGGACUGUUUCUGCAUUUCAACAACAUCCUCAUACCUUGAUAAUUUGCGAUGAAGAUGCGACUUUGGAAUUACGAGUCAAAACUGUUAAAUAUUUUAAGGCUCUAAGUGAUGUUCAUCAAAAACUCAUUCAGGAAAACGAAACGAUGGAAAGAUACAGGACUCUGCAUUAGUGUCUCCAAGUGAGUUUGUCAGCUGAAAGUCGAAAACUGAUCGAAUGAUGGUACUAUAUGAAACUAGUAAUCAAUUUAACAGUGGAAUCAUUGGUGUCUUUUGAUAUACAAUUGCAAUGAAAUUUUAUUAAGUUAUAUGACA